AUCAAGCCUUGCACCCAGCCUGCCGCACUAUCUAGUUACCCAGGAGACAAAUACAUAGACAGUCCUGUCCCCACUGAUGAGUACCCAGGUCGGCCGAAGGAAUUCGCUUUCUACCAUGGCUACGCGAGUGCCUACCAACCAAUGCCCAGCUAUCUGGACGUUUCCGUGGUCCAAACUAUCAGUGGCGCGGGAGAGCCGAGGCACGAAGCAUUGUUGCCUAUGGAAGGCUACCAGCCCUGGACCCUUAGUGGGUGGAAUAGUCAGAUGUGCUGCUCUAAGGAACAAGCACAAUCAGGACACCUCUGGAAAUCCACUCUGGCCGCAGAUGUUGCAGCUCACCAACAGGAUGGAAGUUCCUUUCGGCGCGGGAGGAAGAAAAGGAUUCCUUACACCAAAGUCCAACUCAAAGAACUGGAGAGAGAAUAUGCGACAAAUAAAUUCAUCACGAAAGAUAAGAGGAGGAAGAUCUCGGCGGCCACGAACCUGAGCGAAAGGCAGAUCACCAUCUGGUUUCAAAACAGGAGAGUGAAGGAAAAGAAAGUCAUCGCGAAAGUAAAAAGCAACACACCUUAGUUAUUACUUUUUUUUUAAUUAAAAAAAAGAUAAUUGAAACUGUUCAAUUGGGGAAAUUUAUCACAACGGUGCGAAAGACGAUUUUGACAGACCGGGUUUAAAUGCACACUUAUUUCAUGGAGCCUUGCCUGCAGAAUGCUAACAUGUCCUCCUGCUUUUCAUAUUGUAAUGGAGGAGGUGAUAUGGAAUGCCAUUAAAAUGGACUAAAAUAGAUGGUCAGAAUGUACAUUUAAUUAUAACAACGCUGUAACCAUACCGACAUCACUGUUUAUUAUCAGUUAUGUUUUAGUGGAGGUAUGUAACGUAUGUCUUACUGGUGUAGAUGCUAAUUUUAUGUUUUGUUUGGGUUACAUAUUAAACUGUCGAGUUUCGGCAAUGAUUGCAGUAAAACCGCCUGAAAGCUGUUUAUAAUCUCAAAGGCUUGAGAGAAAAUGUUAUUAAUAAGAAAAAUAGGGUUGAAAGUUGACCGCAUUAGUUUUGUUGCAUAAUAUUUUUCAGGGAAUGUGCAAACAUUCCAUAUCCAUCUAAUGAUAGGAGC